AUGGAAGAAAAUUCAAACCAGAGUGGUAGUUCAUCGUCUGUUAAUAGUUCCGCAGAGUUCAAAGCACCUCUGCUUGAAAACAUAUCCAAUAAUUGUAUCCUUCUCGAGUUAGAACAAGAUGGGUUUAAUACACCUGAUGAAAAGGCAGAAGAACUUAUUAAAAAUAUACCAAAACUAAAAUAUUUAUUCGCUCUUAAAUUACUUUUUGAAAACCCAUUUAACCAAUUUUCGGAUGAAGUUCUUCGAAAUUCUUUGGUUACAUUAGCAGAUCCAACUCCUUUUGAUUAUUAUGGAAAACAGAGUGUGGUCAGACUAGAGUUACAUAUUCGUACCUGGGUUGCUGUAUUGGAAAAGAUUUGCGUAACACCAAUGCGCUUAAGUAAAGAACUUCGAGAUAAAGUUUAUAGCUCUUUAGCAAAAUUUGCAGAAAUUCAUAAAAAAACAACUCAAGUAAUGCAAGAAGGAAUUGAUAAUAAUUUUAGAUCUGGAUUUAAUCAAUUCAAUCAACUACAGGAUAAUAAAGAAGUUGGAGGCAUUAUGAAAAAACGGAAUUAUAAUAUUGACUUCUUAUUAAUUCAUUUACGAGAUACAUUACAUAGUUUACGUGAUGAUGAGACUUGGUUUCAAGAAAUUAUACGAAGAACCAAGGAAUUACUUAAGGCUGUAUUAAAUAUUACACCAGGAGUCUUAUCAAAAGUAGCAUCUGGAGUUGAUCUUCCAAAUGAUAAUUGUUCGAUCUUAUCAAUGCUCACUCAAUUACGUAAAGGAUUAAAAUUUAAAUAUCCGGUAGCAUCUUAUUAUGUAGAUUGGAGAAUCAUGUUGAUAAUUCAACAUAAUUUAUUCAAUUGGUCUAGUAAUACUGAAAAUAUAAUUAGUAUAAAAUUUCAAGAAAUGGUAUUAAUGGAAUAUUUUUGGAGUUAUUUAGAAAAAGAACGGAGUAAUGUUGCUUUAAAUUCUAUUUUAGAUUCUCAAUCAAAAUUUGAUGAAAUAUCAAAUAAACUUGUUAAAGUUUUUAAAAAUACUGGAAAUUUCAUUAAUGAUCUUGUUGAAAAUGAACCUCUUGCUUUACCACAUACUUUAUGGUUUGGAAUAUUAGAUCUUGCACAAAACCUUAUUCACAUAUCCACUCGAAAAUCUACACAUGGUCUUUGUUAUUAUUUAGCAAUUGAAUCACUUAAUAGAGCUCCAAACAGUUUCAUUCAAUUUAAAGCAAUCGAAAUAUUAUUUCAUUUACAUAAUAUUAAUAAUCAAAUGUUUUCAAUUAUUGAAAUUGACUUUGAUCAAUACAUUCAAAAAUUAAAUGAAACAGAUUCAACAACAGAUGUCUCAGAAAAAGAAAAAUUCAAAAAUUUGUUAAUGUUUGUUAGAAAAAAGUGUGCUGAUGAUUUUAAUCCAUUAAAUUGUAAUAUUGAAAAAAGAAACAGAAGAGGAAAAGGAAAAGAAAUUUUAGAAAUGAUUGCAAAUGAAAUGACAUGCCCAAUUGAUAAUGAACCAACAGAUCAAUUAUGUGUUUUAAAAUGUCAACAUAUAUUAUCAUUUAAUAAUUUAAUAAAAUUGAAACAAAAAAAUUGCCCUAAAUGUCGAGAAAAUUUUGAAGAUAAUGAUAUUAGAUAUUUACCACUAAAUGUUAUUUACAAAUAUUUAUAUCCACAAUUUUUUGAAGCUGGACAUAUUUUAACUUCAUUUGAAAUAGAAAAUUUAACUAAUAACCAAUAUGAUAGUGAUUCAGAUAAUUCAGAAGUUGACCUUAUAUUAACUAAGAAAAAGAAAAUUCUAAAAGCAGUUAAGUUAAAUCCAAAUAUAUCAUUACAAUCAAUAUUUCAAAUUGGGAAUCCAAAAAAACAACAUCCAACAUAUCAAAAUGCUAUGAAAGAAUUAAAAGAAAAGAAUUAUAACAAUGCUGAGCAUUGGUGUAAACAAUUCCUUAAAACUUUUCCAGAAAGCUAUUCCAUAAGAUGUAUUUUAGCUUAUAUCUAUAGAUGUUGUGAUGAUUAUGAGAAAGCAUAUUUACAUUUAAAUGAAGCAAUUAAUUUGAAAGAAAAAAGACCUAUUGCUUGGUAUAUUCGUGGAAAAAUUCGAUUUAAACAAGGCAAUUAUAAUGAUGCAGAUAAAGAUUUAACAACUUCAAUAUAUUAUAAAGCUAAAAUAAAUAAUAUAUAUACGAUACUUGGAAUUAUUUAUCACGAUAUUUUUAAUUAUGAAUAUGCUUUAAAACAUUUUAAAAUUGCAUUAAAAAAUGAUCCAAAUAAUUAUUUAUGUCUUAAGUAUUGUGCUUGUAUUUAUGAAAAGCAAGGAAAGUUCUCAGAUACUUUAAAAAAGUUAAAAAAUUUACUUAGUAUAAAUGAGAAAGAUUCGUUAAUUUUAUGUUAUUAUGGAGAAAUUUUAAGUGAAAUAGAAAAGUAUGAUGAUGCUAUAACAUAUUUUACAAAGGCAUAUCUAAUAGAUCCAGAAAAUGUUCAUAAUUUAACUAAGAGAGCUAUUAUAUAUUAUAUACUUCAGAAGUAUGAUAAAGCUUUAUUGGAUUUUAAUAAUGUAAUACAAUUGGAUAAUUCAAAUAUUUUAGCAUAUUAUUGUAAAGGAUUAGUAUACUAUAUAAUGGAAGAUAAUAGUAAUUCUAUGGUAGCAUUUAAAAAAUGCAUUGAAUUGGAUCCUAAUGAUGAUUUAGAAAAAAUGUAUUUGGAAGAUUCAAGCUAUUAUCUUUCUCAAAUUUCUAAUGUUGAUUAUAAUUUAAAGUGUGCAAAAUAUAUUGAAAUAAAAGAUUAUCAUAAGGCAAAAUUAGAUUUAAAUAGAUUAUUUGAGUUGAAUGAUGAUAUAUCAUUUGUUUAUUUAUUACAAAAAUAUUCAGAUUUUUGGUCAUGCUUGUGUAAACCAUAUUUUCUUAAUGAUUUGGUUCAACUUAAAAUUACUAAUAAUUUUAAGCUUUAUAUGUAUAGGGCACAAGGGGUUUAUUUUAUGUCUAAUCUUAUGAAUUUCGGUCAUAAUUAUCAAUUUCGAGAAAGUUAUUUAGAUAGGCGCACAUUAUCUUUUGAAGACAAUCAUUUAAGCUUACUUACAUUUCCUAUUACUGGUAUUUUUUUCCUCGAAGAUGAUUUCUACUAUCAUAUAAUUUGGAAAAUAAAUAUCAAAAAAAUAAUUUCACCAGAUUGUUAUAUUAAAUUUAAAGUUAUAACAAAUCCAACUUACAUGAAUACAGAAUAUAUAUUAAAAUAUAAGGAUAUAUUAAAACUUGAGGGAUUAGGUUGGAUUUCGUAUAUGUCAUUUCGCUCUAUGAAUUUAAAAAUCUAUAAAUUAAAGCAUCUUACAAUUGAAACAAAAAAGGAUUCUAUUGACAUGCAAAUAGAAUAUUUCAGAAUUACUCCCAAUCGUCGUAAAGAACAAAUUUAUUUUCCCAAAAUAGUUCAUUUAUUACCAUUUUACAUGAAUAAUAUUCCAGAAUCUUUUAAAGACAAGUAUUUUUUUAGAAAAGAAACAGAAAAUUUGCUUGAAUUAAAAGACAUUAUUAAUAAUCUAUAA